GCUGGGAUGUUCCCCAAUGGCACCGCCUCCUCUCCUUCCUCCUCUCCUAGCCCCAGCCCGGGCAGCUGCGGUGAAGGCGGCUGCAGCAGGGGUCCGGGGGCCGGCGGUGCGGACGGCAUGGAGGAGCCAGGGCGAAACGCGUCCCAGAACGGGACCUUGAGCGAGGGACAGGGCAGCGCCAUCCUCAUCUCUUUUAUCUACUCCGUGGUGUGCCUGGUGGGGCUGUGUGGGAACUCGAUGGUCAUCUACGUGAUCCUGCGCUAUGCCAAGAUGAAGACGGCCACCAACAUCUACAUCCUAAACCUAGCCAUUGCGGAUGAGCUGCUCAUGCUUAGCGUGCCCUUCCUGGUCACCUCCACAUUGUUGCGCCACUGGCCUUUCGGCGCGCUGCUCUGCCGCCUCGUGCUCAGCGUGGACGCCGUCAACAUGUUCACCAGCAUCUACUGUCUGACAGUACUCAGCGUGGACCGCUACGUGGCCGUGGUGCACCCCAUCAAGGCGGCCCGUUACCGCCGGCCCACCGUGGCCAAAGUGGUGAACCUGGGCGUGUGGGUGCUAUCCUUGCUGGUCAUCCUGCCUAUCGUGGUCUUCUCGCGCACCGCGGCCAACAGCGACGGCACGGUGGCUUGCAACAUGCUCAUGCCAGAGCCCGCCCAGCGCUGGUUGGUGGGCUUCGUGCUGUACACGUUUCUCAUGGGCUUCCUGCUGCCCGUCGGGGCCAUCUGCCUGUGCUACGUGCUCAUCAUCGCCAAGAUGCGCAUGGUGGCCCUCAAGGCCGGCUGGCAGCAGCGCAAGCGCUCAGAGCGCAAGAUCACCCUCAUGGUGAUGAUGGUGGUGAUGGUGUUUGUCAUCUGUUGGAUGCCUUUCUACGUGGUGCAGUUGGUCAACGUGUUCGCCGAGCAGGACGACGCCACGGUGAGCCAGCUGUCGGUCAUCCUGGGCUAUGCCAACAGCUGCGCCAACCCCAUCCUCUAUGGCUUCCUCUCGGACAACUUCAAGCGCUCUUUCCAGCGCAUCCUGUGCCUCAGUUGGAUGGACAACGCGGCUGAGGAGCCGGUCGACUACUACGCCACGGCCCUCAAGAGCCGCGCCUACAGUGUGGAGGACUUCCAGCCCGAGAACCUGGAGUCUGGCGGCGUCUUUCGUAAUGGCACUUGCACGUCCCGGAUCACGACGCUCUAAGCUCCGGCCGCGCCGGGGGCCCUGCGUCUUGGGAGGUGGACGAGAGUGCGGAGGCGCCGGGGCGCAGCGAGGGUAACGUGAGGCUGAGACACCUCGCGCCUCGGGCGGAGGGACCUGGGAAAGGCACUGUAGAACCGAGGAGUUUGGCUUAUGAUCUGGGACGGUUUCGGGCCGCCCUCUCGGCCUCUCCACUCCGCUGGCUCCUGGGCACCCUGUGCUCUUCCCACCCCGUGAACUUCCAUCCUUCCUUCCUCACCGUCCCGCGAGCGCAGGUCAUGAACUCGUUAAGGGCGCCGCCUCACUCCGGCCGAGAUUUCUCGGUUACGACUCCCGGGCUGAGACCCCAGCUCGCCCUCAGCCCCGCGCCGCCGCCGCGCCCAGGCUGGCCGCUUCUGCCUGGCGCCCCUGGCUGAGUCUCUCGGGACUCGCCGCCCUCCCGUGGCGCAGCCCUACUUUAAGGGAGGUCGCGCUAGAACCUGAACUCGGCAGCCGGUCUCUCCCCGGGCUCUGGGCGAGAGCGCAUCUCUCCCCCCUCGGCCCUUCCCAGUUCCCACUCCACCCGGGGCGGAGCCAGGUGCUUCGUAAAACUGCGUCCCCGCGUGCUGAACCCCAGGCAGUCCCCAUCUAAGCCCUCCUUUGGAGCAAAAAGGAUCUGAGAGCAAGACGAACGAGGAGUUUGUAGAUUUUCGAUUUGGGGCUGGGGCGUUGUAACAGAAACCACCCUCGCGCGGGGCUGCCGGCCGCGUGUCUGCGAGAGGCAGGGCUGGGCAGGACAGGACGCGGUGCACUUUCUCCCAGGGCUGCCCCGAAGCGCGGCUGCCCCCUCGGCCUGCCUUUCCUUCUCACCCAAGCUUCUCUGGGAGGAGCCGACCUAAGACAACAGACUGUUUCCUGCUCCGGUUGAUCGCGAAGACUUGGCUAAGCCUGGGCGUGUGACCGCGGCAGGCAGUUUCCAGAGCGCGGGGCCUGCCAGGACCCAGAGGUUUGCAGCCUUUCAAGCGGUGCCUAAAAGUUAUUUUUCUUGUUGAACGUAUUUAUUUAUUUAUUUAUUUGUGGUGUUGGAAAAAAAAAAUGUCCGCUUUCCAUUUCUCUAAUUGCCUAGCCCCAGGCCUUUUUCUUGAAGACUCCGGGGCGGGGGUGCAGUGGAGAGCUCCCUCCCCACGCUAAGGGCCUCCCUUUGCUGGGCCCUCUUUUCUUAGUCUUUCCUCUGGCCUUUCUAUUUUUGCUUGCGUCCAGUGAAGUUCGGAGAUUUUUCAUACUUUUCUUACUGUCCUCUGUCUUAAAUAAAUGAGAACAUGGGUUAACCUCCUCUUCAUACAGAGUGGGAGGUCUUGAACUCCUGGUUUUCCAGGAAAUGCAUAUAUAAUGGAAACAUCACCCUAUAUAUGAUUCAAGAGAGCUUGUGUGUGUGUGUGUGUACAUAUAUAUAUAUAUACAUAUAUAGAGAUUUAUAUUCAUCUUGCUCUAUUGUCAUGACUCCAUGAAAUAAUUCUAAGUAUAGCCACAAUGGCAGGGGUGAACUUGGCUGGAACACUUUUAAUAUUAGAUGUUCAACCUUCACUCAGAUCUGAAUACUCUAAGUCAGACUUUAAUCACUGCUAAGUAUGGACUUGCUUCUGGGUUCUGGAAGCAGUGACUCUUAGAACCCUGUUAACAUCAUCAUUUCUUUUAAGGCAGUUGAAAGUGGAACCACUUAGAUCUAUGUUUAAAUCUUACUGACUACUUUGGAAGCCUGAGGAGGACAAUGACCAAUAAUUUUACUUCUUUGUAUUUCCUGCAUUGCUCUAAUAUACUGGCUUGUACAUAGUAGGCACUAAACACAUGUUUGUUGGCUGAUUGUUUAAAUAAACCAAAGUGUAUCUGGAGACAAUACAUCUGGAGUUCUCAGGUUCUCUCAUUGAUAUGAUACACAAUGGUUGAAUUCGCUGUUGAAAAAGUUAUUUUGUGUGUAUUUGCUUCAAGAACAUUGUGCUUUCCUGAAAGCAGCGACCAAGAGUAAAAAUGUCCCUAAUGCUUUGUUUAAUGAGCAAAUAAUGUUUUUGGCCAUAUAUCAGAAAGUUUAGUUCUGUCCCAUAAUAACAACACGUAUUACUUCUCCUUUGGAAAAUAGAUUUUUACUGGUUAAGAACAGUGACAUUCAGAAAUCAAAAUCUGGAUUGUUAUCUUCUUCAGAGGACACAGAUAUAGUACUCUGCAUCUAUUAUUGUAAUAGUAACUAAAUAAACAGAAGUGUUUUGCUGU